UCCGUUGAAAGUCAGCACUCAAAAUGUUCCGUUUUGUUGUAUUGACCGCUUUACUUGCCUGCGCUGCCGCUGAUGUUGUCCCAUUGUUGGAUGGGCGCAUUGUUGGCGGUAAGGCUACCACUAUUCAAAGCUACCCUCAUCAAAUUUCUUUGAGGUAUUCUGGUAGCCACAUUUGUGGAGGAUCCCUCUACAAGGCCAACGUUGUUGUCACCGCUGCCCAUUGUGUCCAAGGAACUUCAGCCUCCGUCCUCAGUGUUGUUGCUGGUACCAGUUCCCGCACCUCAGGAGGAACUUCCAUCAAGGUCUCCCAAGUCAAGGUUCAUCCAAGCUACAGCAGCAGCACCAUGAGCAAUGAUGUCGCCGUUUUGAUCCUUGCCAGUUCCUUCACUUUGUCCAGCUCUAUCCAACUCAUUGCUCUUACCAGCUCAGCUCCAGCUGCUGGAUCCGUCGUCACCGUUACUGGAUGGGGUACCACCAGUGAAGGAGGUUCAGCUGCUUCAACCCUUCAAGUCGUUGAUGUCAAUGUUGUCAGCAGUGCUACUUGCAACAGCAAAUACGGAAGUGGUUCCAUUACCUCAAGUAUGUUGUGCGCUGGUGUUGAUGCUGGUGGCAAGGACGCCUGUCAAGGAGACUCUGGCGGUCCAUUGAUCCAAAGCGGAAAAUUGGUUGGUAUUGUAUCAUGGGGAUACGGAUGUGCUCGUGCCCAAUACCCAGGUGUUUACUCCAAUGUUGCUGCUCUUAAAUCCUGGAUUGAAGCUAACUCAUAAAUAAAACGAUUCACGAUACGAGUUUGUGACGUUGAGUUUAAUGUCAAAAUAGCUUAAAUCAAUAAAGAAGCAAAACUGUUUGAAUAAAAA